AUGAGUGCUGACCCGAAUCUGCGCCUGAUUUGGAUUGAAGCACUUGAUCUUCGUGAUUUGCAAGAUCGCUCUGAACAAGGCGAAUUUCUUGUUUUAAGGAAACUUCUCGGUAUUGAUGUUAGUUUUCCAGUAACACUGCAAUGUUUAAUUUAUGUCUGCUUCAUUUCUCCUCAUAGUUGUGGUCAUAAAGAAGAAGGCAGACACAGGAAAUACAGUUCGUAA